GUUAAGGACGUAACAAAAGGCAAACGCUGGGAUUAUUUAGAAUAUUUAAAAAGAGCACUAUUUUUGAUCACUUCCAAGGAAUUUUCCAGGAAAGGAUUAAACCUUGAUCGAUCAUGGGAAGUGCAGUAUACGGAAGAUUGGCUAUGAAUUGCUAUUGUGUGGUUUUCCUUUUCGUGGCCUUGCAUUUCGCCCAUGGAGACGUGAGCUACACUAUCGCAGAGGAAAUGAAAGGCGGAUUUGUGAUAGGGAAUAUCGCCAAAGAUCUGGGUCUUGGGAUUGCGACUCUUUCCUCGCGUAAAGGCCGCAUUGACACAGACAGGGACGAUAAAAGGUAUUGUGAUAUUAAUCUGAGCACCGGAGAUUUGACUGUCAGUGACAGGAUCGACAGGGAAAGUCUUUGUGGUAAAAAAGCCAGCUGUGUUUUAAAAGAGGAGCUUGUGCUGGAAAACCCUUUAGAGCUUCAUCGCAUCAGUAUUCAUGUGCAAGAUAUAAAUGAUAACGCGCCAGAGUUUAGUGAGGAUCUGAUUUCACUUGAAAUAAGAGAAUCGGCAGACAAAGGAGCGAGAUUUUUACUUACGGAAGCCCGCGAUGCCGACAUAGGCACAAAUGCUGUCCAACGUUACAAUUUACAAAACAAUGAGCAUUUCACCAUUAAUGUAAAUACAGAUGUUAGUGGGAGGAAACAUUCCGAAUUGGUUUUGUUAAAAGAACUAGACCGAGAAAAAGAGAAAGGGCUGAAAUUAGUGCUUACAGCUGUAGAUGGUGGAUCUCCUCAGAGAUCAGGAACUGCAAUUAUUCACAUCACUGUGCUGGAUGCUAAUGAUAACGCCCCAGUGUUCAGCCAGGCCGUUUAUGAAGCCAGUCUGCCUGAAAACUCUCUUUUAGAUACCGUAGUUGUUACAGUGAGCGCAACCGAUGCAGACACUGGCCCAAAUGGUGAUAUUACAUAUAACUUCGAUCAUGUCUCUGAUGAACAUGUAUCUUUGUUUUCACUUAAUCAUAAGACAGGAGAGGUAAAAGUUAUCGGGUCACUUGAUUAUGAAACGGAGAGUUCAAUAGAGCUGCGAGUAAGAGCAAAGGACGGACCGGGUUCAAGAACCAGUGACUUUAAGUUUGUGACAUCAUACAAUGACAACACGCUGCCUGCUGACCAGACUCUGAAGAAAAGUCCAUCAGACUUUGUCGAUGUGUUUCGGGACAGCGAUGGUUCUCCUGAGGUAGGAUAA